AUGUUGGGUGAGUACCCCUUCGCCGAAGGAACCUUUAAACUCUGUUGGAAAGCCAAAUACCUGGACGGGUUUCGUCGCGGGGAGACCGCCAUCAUCAAACAAUUCAAGGAAGGUUGCGUCUACGAAGAGUAUUACUUCAAUGAAGAAAUGAUCAUCAUUGGGGUCACGGAGAAGAUCGCCAAGGCAUUUAAUAAAGCCAAAAUUCUCGGCGGCGACAGGCUCGUGAGAGUUUCUAGGCCAGUUAUAGCGACAAGUGGGAAUACAGGUGCUAAAGCUCUAGUUGAGCCGUACAUCGAUAUGUUCGAGAAGUUCAACAGCAACAGUGGAUGGGUGAAUACAGAUUGUGAUGAAUCGGGCGAUGCAAUGCAGGCCCUGAGUCACUUCUCAUAUCAUGAAUCGGAUGGGGAGUACGUGCUUUGCGAUUUGCAGGGUGGCGCAUAUCGAGAUGAAUUCGUCUUGACAGAUCCUAUUGUCUUGACUAAAAAAGGGAAUUUGGGACCAGGAGAUUUAGGAAAGGAAGGUAUGAAAUCUUUCUUUCAGAAACAUCAAUGCAAUCGGUAUUGCAAAAGUCACUGGAUAACACCCAGUGGGGGAGGUCGAAGUCGUAUUUCUAGCAAAAAGGGCACGGCCUAUGAUCUGGGAUCAGACCCCAGCCGCAAUCCUUUGUCUAGGUGGUAUUCGUAG